CUACAUUUCUCCAGACGACAUACUCUACACAACCCCACCAACCUCACCUCCACCUCCGCCUCCCAACCGACCUCCAAUCCAACGACAAUAACCACCACAAUGACAACAGAAACCUACACACCCCCACCCCUCCCCCACCCUUCCACCACACCCCCUCUCACCAAAUGCAACUAAUAACCCAAGGCGCCGAAGCCCACCUAUACAAAACGACCUACCUGAGUCCCUCCACGCCCGCGGCCCUCAAGAUCCGCCCAACAAAGCCCUACCGCCACCCGAUCCUCGACCGGCGAUUGACGCGUGCCCGCGUCCUCCAGGAAGCAAGGUGUCUGGUGCGUCUUGUGCGCGAGGGUGUGAAUGUUCCGGCUGUGUUGGCGGUGGAUUGGGAUAUUAACAAUACCAACAAUAACCAUAGUGGUGCUGGGGGGGAUGUGGGUGAGGGCGUUAGGGGUAAUGGGGCGUGGAUUCUCAUGGAGUGGAUCGAGGGAUGUGUGGUUCGGGUUGUGAUUCAGAGGUGGGAGAGGUAUAUCAAGUCUCGCUCUGCAGCUGUCAAACUACAGGAUAAUGAGAUUGAGGAAGAGGAGAAGAAAGUCAAGGGGCUGUUGAGACGUGUUGGGGCUGCUGUGGGUGCGUUGCAUAAGGCUGGUGUGGUGCAUGGGGAUUUGACAACGAGUAAUUUGAUCUUGAGGGGUGCUGAGGAGCCCGCAGCUGAGGGUGAUGGGGAAGGAGUGAGUCCUGAUAUGCAGGGUGAGGUGGUGUUGAUUGAUUUUGGUCUGGCGAGUCAGAGUAUUCAGGAUGAGGAUCGCGCGGUCGAUUUGUAUGUUCUGGAGCGUGCGUUUGGGAGUACGCAUCCCCGUACGGAGCCGUUGUUUGGGGAGGUGCUUGAGGGGUAUCGUGCGAGUUAUCGCGGGUCGGGGUCGGUGUUGAAGAGGUUGGAGGAUGUGAGGAUGAGGGGGAGGAAGAGGAGUAUGAUUGGUUAG